UAAGUUUUGAUGUGAUGAUUUUCUCCAGAGAUGUGUCAAUGGGAGCGCCAAUUACGUGACGAGGAGAGGGGAAUAGGAAAUCACAUUGACGGAAUUCCAUUUUGGAGGCAAAGAAGAAAAUCCGAGACCCUUCGUGCACAAUAUAUAAAUACCAAGGAACUUAGGAUAUGUGUGGGGACCUGGAAUGUUGGUGGUAAACUUCCCCAUGAUGAUCUUGAUAUGAAGGACUGGCUCGACAUGGAGGAGCCUGCUGAUAUAUAUGUGCUGGG